GCUUUCAGUUGCACUCCAUAUCAUCUCUGUAUCUUUCUCUGCAACGUUGCCCCUUUUCUUCACCUAAAAUCUUUAGACGCCUAGAAUGUCGUCUUCAAAAGCUAUCGGUAUUGAUCUCGGAACGACUUACUCCUGUGUCGGUAUUUGGCAACAUGAUCGUGUCGAGAUUAUUGCCAACGACCAGGGUAAUCGGACAACGCCCUCCUAUGUGUCGUUCUCUGACACAGAACGUCUCAUCGGCGAUGCCGCGAAGAACCAAAUUGCCAUGAACCCGACCAACACCGUCUUCGACGCCAAGCGUCUCAUUGGGCGUCGAUUCGAGGAUGCUGAGGUCCAGGCCGAUAUGAAGCAUUUCCCUUUCAAGGUGAUCAACAAGGAUGGUAAACCUAUCGUCCAAGUCGAGUACCGCGGCGAGACUAAGACCUUCACUCCGGAGGAAAUCUCCUCUAUGGUCCUUACAAAGAUGAAGGAAACCGCUGAAUCGUAUCUCGGAACGACAGUGACGGAAGCCGUCAUCACCGUCCCCGCAUACUUCAACGACUCGCAACGUCAGGCAACCAAGGAUGCCGGUGUCAUCUCUGGUCUUCAAGUCCUCCGUAUCAUCAAUGAGCCAACUGCAGCAGCUAUUGCUUACGGUCUGGACAAGAAGGUCCAGGGCGAGCGGAAUGUCCUUAUCUUCGACCUUGGUGGAGGUACCUUCGAUGUAUCUCUCUUGACCAUUGAGGAGGGUAUCUUCGAAGUCAAGGCCACCGCCGGUGACACCCACUUGGGUGGUGAGGACUUUGACAACCGUCUCGUCAACCACUUCGUGCAAGAAUUCAAGAGGAAGCACAAGAAGGAUCUUUCCACAAAUGCACGUGCACUCCGACGACUCCGAACGGCUUGCGAGCGUGCUAAACGCACUCUCUCGUCUGCCGCUCAGACGACCAUUGAAAUCGACUCGCUCUUCGAGGGUAUUGACUUCUACACCUCGCUCACUCGUGCACGUUUCGAGGAAUUGUGCAAUGACCUCUUCCGUUCAACUCUCGAGCCCGUUGAGAAGGUGCUUCGUGACUCCAAGAUUGACAAGUCAAACGUACACGAGAUCGUCCUUGUUGGUGGUUCGACCCGUAUUCCUCGGAUCAUCAAGCUCGUCUCCGACUUCUUCAAUGGCAAGGAGCCCAACAAGUCAAUCAACCCGGAUGAGGCCGUUGCGUACGGAGCUGCCGUACAAGCUGCCAUCCUCAAGGGUGACACUUCGGAGAAGACUCAGGACCUUUUGUUGCUCGACGUUGCACCGUUGUCGCUCGGUAUCGAGACUGCUGGUGGUGUCAUGACUGCACUCAUCAAGCGUAACACGACCGUCCCGACGAAGAAGACCGAGGUCUUCUCGACGUACGCUGACAACCAGCCUGGUGUACUCAUUCAAGUGUACGAGGGUGAGCGUGCACGUACAAAGGACAACAACCUACUUGGCAAGUUCGAGCUGUCUGGUAUCCCGCCUGCACCACGUGGAGUUCCGCAAAUCGAAGUCACAUUCGACAUUGACGCGAACGGUAUUCUCAACGUCUCGGCGGCCGAGAAGACAACUGGUAAAUCGAACCGCAUCACGAUCACGAACGACAAGGGUCGUCUAUCUAAGGAGGAGAUUGAGCGGAUGCUCCAGGAGGCCGAGAAGUUCAAGGCUGAAGACGAGGCUGAGGCUGCUCGUAUUAGUGCGAAGAACGGCCUUGAGUCAUAUGCCUACAACUUGCGCAACACUCUGUCCGACGACAACGUGAAGCCCAAGCUCGAGAAGCUGGACCAGGCGAACUUGAGCAAGCUGCAGACAUCGAUCAACGAGACAAUCAGCUGGCUCGACGCGAACCAGCAGGCGACGAAGGAUGAGUACGAGUCACGGCAGAAGGAGCUGCAAGAGGAUGCCAACAAGGUCAUGCGUGAGCUGUACGGGGACGCUGGAGGAGGAGGUGCGUUCCCUGGCGGUCCUGGCGGUGCCGGAGGCUUCCCUGGUGCUGGUGGUGCUGGUGGCUUCCCCGGUGGAGCACCUGGAGGCUUCCCAGGCGCAGGCGGUCCUGCUGGCGGGGCAGACGACGGCCCCAGUGUCGAGGAGGUUGACUAAAUGUUGUCGUUCAUGCUUUUGUCGUUGUUUAUUUCCUGUCGUCACGCAUUUUCACAUAGCACUUUUCUUUUCAAUUUUCGAUUUACCCUGUGUUGUUAAACCAAAAAUGUACUUUAGGGCAAUAUUGUCUUAGACGUGCUGUAAUAAGAUUAUUCAUGCAUGCAUCAGACCAAC